UCCGAAUGAGACAGUGUGUGUGCGUGUAUGUGUGUGUGUGUGUGUGCUCUUCGAUGCCUGCUUCAUGGAGCUAAACACGGAGGAGACUUGACUAAGUAUUUUUUUGAUUAUUUUAUUGUUGUUGGUUGACAGCCGACGGGAAGGGCGAGCGGUGAAAUCAGCCCAAACCCCCAUGUUUCCACUGAGGUUGGAGCAAAAGGACGGGGCACAACUGUGGUUUUCGGGAUGCCUUGCCGUUUACCGGGAUCAGCACGAUGACGCCUCAAACCGGUACCGCGCUUGAGUGAGCUGGGGCAUCCUCUCCGAGGACAAAAUGCAUAUCUGGAUCCUCAAAAUAAUCCUUCUGAUUGCAUCAUCUCUGAGGCUGGUCGAGAUGUAUGACAAUUAUGGGGAGAUCUGUCGGAACCUGUGUACGUGCGAGGAGAAGGAAGGGAUCCUGACGGUGAGCUGCGAGAACCGGGGCAUCAUCCGACUGACGGAGAUCAGCCCGGUCCGUUUCUCCGUGUACCACCUCCUGCUGACGGGGAACCUCCUGAAGAAGCUGUCCGUCAACGAUUUCAUCAACUACACGGGGGUGACCAUCCUGCACUUGGGGAACAACGACAUCUCGGAGGUCGAGUUCGGUGCCUUCAAUGGACUCCAGGGAUUAAAACGGUUGCACCUGAACAACAACAAGAUCGAGGUCAUGCGGGACGACAGCUUCGCCGGACUGGAGAGUUUGGAAUACCUUCAGAUUGAUUAUAACUACAUCACCAACAUAGAGCCCAACGCCUUGAGCAAACUGCACCAACUGACCGUGAUGAUUUUGAACGACAACCUGCUCUCUUCCCUCCCCAUGAACAUCUUCCGGAAUGUUCCCCUUACGCACUUGGACCUGAGGGGGAACCGGUUAAAAAUGUUCCCGUACAACGGCCUCUUGGAGCACAUGGACAAAGUGGUGGAAUUACAACUGGAGGAGAACCCAUGGAAUUGCUCGUGCGAGCUGAUCGCCCUGAAGGCCUGGCUGGAGAGCAUAGCCUACACGGCUCUGGUGGGGGAGGUGGUGUGCGAGACCCCGUUCCGGCUCCACGGUCGGGACCUGGACGAGGUGUCCAAACAGGAGCUGUGCCCACGAAGACCCAUGGAAGACUCGGUCAGGCAUGCACCCCCUAGCAGCACCAAUGGAUAUUACCAGACCGCACCCGCUGCCGUCACCGCCUCCGCCACCUCCUCGGCCGUCUUCAGGUCCUCCUCCCGGCCGACCAAGGGCACACGGCAAUUUAACAGAACAAGGUUAAAGCCCACUUCCCGAAUACCAGGCGGUUACCCCUACAAUUAUGGCCCCAUCAUUGCUUUUCAGACCAAAUCUCCUGUGCCUUUGGACUGCCCCGCCGCCUGCACGUGCAACCUGCAGAUAUCCGAGAUCGGGCUGAAUGUCAACUGCCAAGAGAGAAAGAUCGAAAGCAUUUCCGAUCUAAAACCCAAGCCAUACAAUCCGAAAAAAAUGUAUCUCACUGGAAAUUACAUCCCCGUGGUGCGGAGAUCAGAUUUCGUGGAUGCCGUUGGAUUGGAUUUGCUUCACCUGGGAAACAACAGGAUAAGUGUGAUCCACGACCGGGCUUUUGCGGAUUUAAGGAACCUGCGUAGGCUGUAUUUGAACGGUAAUCUCAUGGACAAGCUGAUAGGAGAAAUGUUUUUUGGUUUGCAGAACUUGCAGUAUCUUUACUUAGAGUACAACAAAAUCAAGGAGGUCGACGCGGCCACUUUCCGCUACCUCCCUAAUCUCCAGCUGCUCUUCCUCAACAACAACGUCCUGAAAACCUUACCCGCGGGCAUCUUUUCCAGCUUCUCCCUGUCCAGACUGAACCUGCGCAACAACCGUUUCCAAAACCUGCCCGUGAGUGGCGUUUUGGAUCAGCUGAAGCUGCUGGUGCAGAUCGACCUGUUUGAGAACCCCUGGGACUGCUCCUGCGACAUCGUGGACAUGAAGACAUGGCUGGAGCAGCUCAGCGUGGGCAGCGUGGUCAACGAGGUCGUGUGCGAGACGCCGCGGCGCCACGCCGGGACGGAAGUGUGCUCCAUCCGCUCGGAGCAGCUGUGCCCGGACGACUCGGACGCCGACGUGUCGCCGACGCCCCCGACGGAAGAGCCCGCGGACGACCGCGCCGCCGUCACCACGGGCGCCCCGCAGAAGUUCGACGCCCCGAGCGGCGCCGUGCCCCUCUCCGUCCUCAUCCUCAGCCUCCUGCUCGUCUUCAUCAUGUCCGUCUUCGUGGCGGCGGGCCUCUUCGUGGUCGUGAUGAAGAGGCGCAAGAAGUCCCAGAGCGACCGCACCAGCACCAACAAUUCGGACGUCAGCUCCUUCAACCUGCAGUACAGCCUCUACAGCAACCGCUCCUGCCCCAAGGUCAAGGCCCCCGUCGGCCACGUCUACGAGUACAUCCCCCACCCCAUGGGCCACAUGUGCAAAAACCCCAUCUACAGGUCACGGGAAGGCAACACAGUGGAGGAUUACCGUGACCUCCACGAGCUCAAGGUCACGUACCGGAGUAGCCCGGACGACGAGCGGGACAGCAGUACGACGAGGAGCCCGGCGUACAGCGUCAGCACCAUCGAGCCGCGCGACAACCCCUCCCCCAUCACGGACGCGGAGCACUACUUCCGAGGCAUCCUGGAUCACGACAAGCAGCCCCCCCACCCGUCCAUCCCGGGGGGCGCCAACUUAGAGUACAAGUACACGGGGCCCGUGUCGUACACGUACAACCCGAAUUUUGAUGUCAGGCGCCAGUUCUUGCACCCGGAGAGGAUAAGAGAAACGGUGCUCUACGGCACGGCGCCCAGUACUGUUUACGUGGAGCCCAACAGAAACGAGUAUUUGGAGCUAAAAGCUAAACUGCAGUCUGAGCCCGAUUACCUCGAAGUUCUUGAGAAACAGACCACCUUCAGCCAGUUCUGAGCAACAGAACCAUUUAUGUAAUGAAGCGUUUUCUCUCUUGACACCUCCUUGAAACAGUGGCUCAGUUUAUAGGGUGCCUUGGCACGACACACACACACACAAGCAAAAGGAGUUGAAACGGGGUGUGCCGAACAAUCUCACGUUCUAAUUUCUGAAACGUGACAUUACAGGAAUGGAUACAGCUUUCUUGAAACGCGGAUGAACAUAAUUGCUUCUACUUAAACUGAUGAUGCAAAAAUCUAUUUUUCUAUGGUGAAGAUCGAAUAACACAUGAAAUGAAAGUGUACAGGUAAAUCUUACCCCAGCUUCAUUUUCAGGAUUAUAACCAUACAUAAGGUAUAUUGUGAAUCAGAAAAAGAAAUGUUUAUAAAAUCACACUCCUGGACAAAAAACACUGUACAGCAGAUCAUCGAAAACUGUGUAGGACUAUUUUCUGCUGUAGUCUGUAAGUAAGUAUUUAUUGAUAUAAUCUGCCAUGUCUUUUCAAAAACUUUUGAUUCUACAUCAAUAUUACCUGUGUCAUCAUACUCCAUGAUCCUCUGGAAAGGCUUAUGUUUGUAGUUUCAUUUACUGUAGCUCUGCAUUGUAAAAGUGUCUUUUUUCGAAAGUGGCACACCCCAAUGUUCAAAAAAGACUGCGUCAUUUGAAGAAGAUGAAGAGAAAAAAAGUGUCUUUGUAUGCUUUCUGCACUUUUUGGAAAAUGGAAGGCGGGUUAGCCUUCAAUGAGCUCUCAUAAAGGAGAUUAUUAUAUUAAAAAUGAAUAUGGGUAUUCAUUCUUAAUAUGUAGAACAAAACAAAAUUCAUAAAUGAUAUUUGAAGUAUUAAUUCUGUUGUGUAAUACUGAUAUUUUAAUCAAUGUAACACCUAUUUUUAUACAAGCGUUCGCAGAUUCUCUAUCCCUUAUCAACUUUAUUUGUUUUGAUUGCUUUUCACUUAUUGCACUAUAUUGACCAAACUAUGUUAUUGUCAUCAAAUAAACAUGAUGUCAGGUUCAUAUAACGUGCGUAUGAGGAACCUGGAGCUGGCUGGUGAUAAUACACAGGCAUUUUGGGCUUGGUCCGAUUUAUUUUCACAGAAAUGAUCAAAUUAUGGUGUGAAUUAUGGGAUUUGAGAGCUUGAAAGUGGCAUCCUGGGGCUAAAAAGUGUUUUUCUUUUGAAAUCCAAAUGCAAUAUAUUGGCCAGUAAGAAUUGUCUAUAUUGUAGACUCAAUCAAAGCAGAUAAAGGUACAGUAUUUAUGCCUCACUCAGAGGGGCAGCUAGUGUCUCAGUGGAAUCAAUGGGUCUCAAUCAAUGAGCAUAUUCUGAGGAUGUCCCUUUGCAAUAUUACCAUGACAACAGCAUCCACACUGCCACCUGGCAAGCGAUGAUUUGGUAAUUCAUGUAAGCGCAGUUGGAGUUGAAACUAAAUGCUAUGUUAGCAAUCCGACAAAGUCAAUGGGUGUAAUGCUGAUAUACAAACUGCUGAAUUUAGGGUUUGCCAUUUCUCCAUUCCUUAAAAAAAAAAAAAAUGGUUCCACAAGUGAAUAGUUUGAGAAACAUGUCUUACUUCAGAAAAGAUUUUAAGAGAAUAUUUUGGAAAAUGCUGCAUGUUUUUUUCUUUUUUUCAAUCUUUUAAUGCGCUUGUUUUGAUUUUUGUUAAAGUCCAAAUGAAAUUACAUUUAGUCAUCCCUUUUUGUUGUCAAAAUGUUUUUUAAAUGUGUGUUUUAAUGUCAAUAGUUUUUUUUAAUUAUUAUU